ACACGGUCUCGUCAUCUAUCGCUAUAAAUUGGGUAAAAUAUCACUUUGAGGGAGAAACCGUUGAAGAGAGAUGCUCUGCGGAAGAUACUCAAUUUGUGAAAGACGCCGUUAAAAAUCCAUUGGCAUGCAGUAAAAUUUGUAACGAUGACGAUGAAUGCAAUUCCUUUUCAUUUCAAGCGGAUGGUCAGAAAUGCUCUGGAUGCCGGGAGUUUUUUAAACCAAUCCCACCGACCAACUCGACAGGAUUUAUACAUUUUUCAAAAAGAGCACUCGCAUCCGACUGCAAAGAAAUUCUGGAAAGGAACAUGUUUGCUGACAGCGGUGUUUAUACCAUAGCAAUUGGUGGCAAUAAAACGUUACACGUUUACUGUGACAUGACAACCAAUGGUGGAGGAUGGACAGUUUUCCAAAACAGAUUUGAUGGCUCAGUCAACUUCGAAAGAAACUUUACAACGUACGAGAACGGAUUUGGGGACAUAAAUGGUGAAUUCUGGCUCGGACUUAAGUUUAUCCAAACACUCACAGAAAAACCGAGCGAAUUCAGAUAUGAUCUUGACUUUGAUGAUCAUAAUCCAUUGUACGAAAGAUUUGGUCGGUUCCAGCUCACUGGCGCACAGUACACGCUCUCAAUAGACAAUGAAGCCCUUGAUUACUCAGGAAUUUCAUACCCUUUAGGGGAGCAGUUCUCGAUCUGCAAUGGAGCUCCAUUUGUAGCAUUCGUAUAUGGUCCUGAGAUUACAUGUGACAUUGGCGGCAGAGGGGGUUGGUGGUAUUGUAAUCAACGAUGUGACUACAACUUCAACUUAAACAUUGUGUACGGGACAGAAAUAUUCAUUAAACAAGACUCCAGUUUAGAAAUCUCUAGAAUAAUUAAAUCUUCAAGAAUGAUGAUCAGAAGAAUUUGA